GUUGAUCGUCGACGCCAGGCGGGCCAAUGAGUGCUUUCAGGCGCCGCCCGGGGUGUCGCUCCUGACUUCGGAGGGCCUGUCGAGGAUAGAGGUGGAGCUGCCCGCUAGCGCGCCGCUGGGGUCCGAACAGGCCGCGAAGUUGUUGGGAGAUUUUUGCCUCUCGAUCGGCCUCUCGGACGUCUCCAACUGUUUCCACAGGUUGCGCGUGCCGGCUUGGCUGCCUGACUAUUUCUGCCUCCCUCGUGCGCCGGCUCACGUGAUGGGCGCGGCGGGCGCGGAGGUUGACGGGCGUGUCCUUGGCCGCGCGGAGGCAGUGACACCGUGCUGGGCCGUGCUCCCCAUGGGCUUCGCCUGGAGUCUAUGGAUCGCUCAGAUGAUCAACGAGACCACCGUGACCAAGGUGGCACCCUCUCUGCCUGGGUCCCCUCUGCGCGAUCGUGGACCGCCGCUGGUGGUGAGACCUGCCCUGGGGGGGGAAUGCAACACGCUCAGCCACUAUGUGUAUGUAGACAACCUCGGAGUGAUAGGCGUCUGCGAGGCCGCAGUUGGCGACGCGCUCGAGCUGCUGGAGGAGGGCUCCAACCGCGAGGGGCUGCUGCUGCACAAGUCGGCUUUGGGCGCGCUGCUGCGGCGCCGGCGGGCCAGCGCGCGGGCGCUCGAGGUCGUCUCGGGGCACUGCGCGUUUGCCGCCUUGUGCUGCCGAGGCCUGCUCAGCGUCUUCCAUUCGGUGCAUGCCUUCGUGGAGCGGGGCCGCGCCUCAGGACGGGCGGAGCCGCUGUGGGGCGAGCGCCGCUCCGAAUUACAAGCCUUCAGGUCGCUAAUGAUCUUCAUGUUCAGUGACUGGCUCCGAAGCUGGAACGACCUGGUGGACCAGACCGACAGCAGCCUUGAGGGGUGCGCGGUGGCGCAGGCGCUCUGGCCCUUGCAGGCCGCAUGCGAGGUGGGUCGCACCUCUGAGCGGCAACGCUUUCGCCGAGUGGGCUCCCAUCGGGCUCGACAGAGCGCCCUCGAGACGGCGGGCUUCUGUCGGCAGGCGGACGGAAGCUGGGCAGUCGCAGCCGCCGAAGGGCUUGAUGAAGAGAGUGGUGCUUCCGAGGAGGCGUCAGACUGGGAAGUGGAUCAGUCUUUUCCCGAGGCUCGGCCGAGCGAGGGCCAGCGGGGGCUCGAGGCGCUGGCCAGCCAGAGGAAGGCCACCUUGCGGCCGCCAGGCGUCCAGCCGGCGCUGCGCGGCAGGCUGAGUGGCAGGCGCCACGGAAGGGCUCCCUCCGACAACGAGGAUCGCCUGAAGCCCGCGCCCAGGCUGGCAGACGUCGGCGAGAACAGCAGCACCAGCGGCGAGGGGGGGCCAGGGCCUGGCGCCGCGCUGGGAGCAGCGCGGAGGCGCGCGGGCCGCCAGAGAGGACGAGAGCAGCUGAUCACCGUCCUGACGGCCGCAGCCAGGGGAGUCCACCGCUGCCCCGGCGAGAGCUCGGCGGCGCUGGAGUUGCUGGAGCGAUGCCGGAGCCGGUCGGCGGGCUUCGACUCUUCGGAGGGAGAGCGCCCGCGAGUGCACGGCGAGCUGGUCGACGGCAUGCGAAUGGGGAACCUCGCUUUCCUCCUCUUCAUGGGCCGGGGCGCCAGCGAGGGCAUUCAGAUCCUUGCAGGCCUGAUGUUCUCGACGGCGGAGCUCUCGAGGGCUGGCCGCUGCGGGCCCCCCCGGGCCCCCCCGCUGCCAGAGGGGCUGGCGGCGGGGUGCCCCCGGCCGCAGCUGGCGCAGCUGGUCUCUGACGUUGUGGGCUGGAGUGGCCAGGAUGUUGGCUGGCCUUUUCCCUCUGCAGGCCUCGGCCCCGCGGUCGGUCCCGCUGGGCAGCCGCUGGAGUGGGUCGAGCGGAGCAGUGUCGCCCGCAGCGACGUCGGCAUCGAGAGGGACUCGCCGCUCUUGCUGUUCAUGAGGCCCGUCCAGAGAGUGAUGGCCGAUGGGCCGAAGGGCGAGGUGGUUCGGACGUUCACGUAUCUCCAGAGCCCCCGGAAGCCGAACUUUCCGCGGGGCGAGCCGAGCAUCGCAGAGACGAUAGUGCAACACCCGAGGCGGCACGUGGGACCGUCGAUCGACGUCUUCGGGCAGCGUCGGACGGUGCCGGAGGCCCAGCGUCGCGGACAGAGUGGAAGCAUCAUGAGUGUCCAGCGGUACGACGAGGACGUCAGGUUGGCGAGGAGUUGGGAGCUGCUCCCAGACAGGAGAUCCCAGCUGCUGGAGGCAUGCGGAGCAGCGCUCGAGGAAAUGCCCCCCGGCAGACCGCGCGGC